CCCGCUCCUGCCUAUAAGUGUGCUCCCAGCCCACGCCGACAGCCAGUCAGUCCUGAGCACCCACACCAUGUUGGGCGUCACUGUCCUCACCGCACUCUUGGCCUGCGCCUCCAGCUGCGGGGUGCCCAGCUUCCUGCCCAACCUAUCCGCCCGAGUGGUGGGAGGAGAGAAUGCCCGGCCUCACAGCUGGCCCUGGCAGAUCUCCCUCCAGUACCUCAAGGAUGACACGUGGAGGCACACGUGCGGCGGGACCUUGAUUGCCAGCAACUUCGUCCUCACGGCUGCCCACUGCAUCAGCAACACCCGGACCUACCGUGUGGGCCUGGGGAAGAACAACCUGGAGGUGGAAGACGAGGAAGGAUCCCUGUUCGUGGGUGUGGACACCAUCUAUGUCCACGAGAAAUGGAACUCCUUCCUGGUGCGCAAUGACAUUGCCCUCAUCAAGCUUGCAGAGCACGUGGAGCUGAGUGACACCAUCCAGGUGGCCUGCCUGCCAGAGAAGGACUCCCUGCUCUCCCAGGACUAUCCCUGCUAUGUCACUGGCUGGGGCCGCCUCUGGACCAACGGCCCCAUUGCUGAUGAGCUGCAGCAGGGCCUGCAGCCAGUGGUGGAUCACGCCACGUGCUCCAGGAGCGACUGGUGGGGCUUCAGGGUAAAGGAGACCAUGGUGUGCGCCGGGGGCGACGGCGUCAUCUCAGCCUGCAAUGGGGACUCGGGUGGCCCACUGAACUGCCAAUUGGAGAACAGCUCCUGGGAGGUGUUUGGCAUCGUCAGCUUUGGCUCUGGGUUGGGCUGCAACACUGUCAAGAAGCCUGUAGUCUACACCCGGGUGUCCGCCUACAUCGACUGGAUCAACGAGAAAAUGCAGCUGUGAUUUGUCGCUGGGAACGGCAGCAGCGAGUGCCUGCAACAGCAAUAAACCUCCUUUCCCUCGA